AUGUACACAUGGUGUUCCGAGGAUAAACGUUGUGCUUGCCGACCAAAUUAUGGGAAGCUUAAUGACACCGCUUGCGCACCAUUAGUCGGCGAACAUUGUUGGGGCGAUAAUCUUUGCGCAACCAAAAAUUCCGUCUGCAUUGAUAAUACGUGUCAAUGCAGCAUUAAUUACUCACAAUUCGACUCUAAGUGCAUCCGAGAUUACUUAGAAGCUUCUUGCCGUAUUGAUAAUGAUUGUAAGUCAAUACAUUACACGAAAUGUUCCGAAGAAAAAAAAUGUCAAUGCAGAGAAAAUCAUAUCCAGUUGAGUAAUAUCACCUGUGCGCCGCUUUUAGGUGAAUUUUGUUCGAAAAGCGGAGACUGUGCGCCAGCGAACUCUUUCUGCAUUUACUAUGAGUGUCAAUGCAAGGAAAAUUAUAAACGGAAAUCAAAUAAUCAAUGCUUGGCUAGUUUCCUGGGUCAGUCAUGCCAGCAAAAUAGUGAUUGCGAAGGGAUAAAAUAUUCAGAGUGCAUCGACAAUAAAUGUCAAUGCAAGUCAAAUUACGUAGCAGCAGAAAACAACGCAGAAUGUAAAAGUUUGUUGAACGGUCACUGUGACAACGACUUUGAUUGUUUUCUCUUCAAUGCCGACUGUAUUGACAAUGAGUGUCAAUGCUCACCUAAUUUUCGGCCGCAGUCGAACAAAAAAUGUCUUCUGAUUUACACAGACGUGUCAUGUGACAAUGACAGACAAUGCAGAGCAGCAAAACAUGCCAUGUGUUCACAGUCCGGUAAAUGUAAAUGCAAUGACGGACAUGUGGCAGUAGAUGACAAGACGUGUGUGCCACUUUUGGGCGAAAAUUGUCAAAAAAAAUGCGCGACCUGGAAUACAACCUGCAUUGAUAAUGAGUGCCAAUGCAACCCUGGUUACAUGUUGCAGAAUGACAAUCACUGUCAACCGACACGGUUGGGUCUGCAUUGCCAUUACAACACAGAUUGUGAUGCCGUAAAGCAUGCGCAGUGUUCUGAAAAUAUAUGUGCAUGCAAACAAAACUACCUUGAAAUAAAUAAAACAUUGUGUGCGCCAGCGCUGGGCGGAUUUUGUACCACAGACGAGCCCUGCGUAGUAGAGAAUGCAGUGUGUAUUGAUAAUCAGUGCCAAUGCAAGAGAUAUUUCAUUCCUUUAGCUAAUGAUUACUGUAUUUUCGAGUCUGAUCAUAAGUUCUGCCGCAAUGACAAUGACUGUAGUGAGAUAAGUAACGCCUUCUGUGUGAAAAAUGAGUGUCAAUGUAAAGCAAAACACAUUGCGAUAAACAAAACGUCCUGUAAGCCGUUUCUAAGCGGUGAUUGUACGAAAAAUGACGAUUGUGGGACGCAUAACUCGGUUUGCAUUCAUAACGAGUGUCAAUGCAAGCAUAAUUACACUGCCAUGUCCAAUUUUUAUUGUAUGCUUUCGGUCUUGGGAGGAAGUUGUCGUGACAAUGCAGAUUGCAUGUCAAUGAGGAACGCAGUGUGUUCCGGUGGAAUUUGCGUUUGUAAUAAUGAUUACUUUGCAGUAAACGAAAAAGAUUGUGCGCCUACUGUAGGCGGUCAUUGCUCUGUAGAGUCUCAGUGUUUUUCAGACAGUAUGAUCUGCAUUGAUAAUGAAUGUCAGUGCGACAUUGGAUUAGAAUCUGUGUCGAUAAUUCAAUGUGCUUCAGCUAUUGUACUUUUAUUACCUUCAAAUGUGUCUGAUACAAUCUACACAAUCGACACAAUCGACUAA